AAAAUACGAAGAAUCGAAUUAGUAUGCGACGGAGUUUCCCCCGCGUUUUCGUGCUGGAAUACCUCUGACUCCAGGAGCGGAUUUACGAUAAGGCUAGAUAAGUUUAAUCAAGACGAUAACGAAUCAUUUAUAAGAACAGGAAGUUUGUUAAAUCUUCAUACCUAUAAUCAAGCUAUGAACGAUACUUUAGUAGUUCAAGGACGACGUUAUCAUUGUAUAAUCAUUUAACAGGCACGUUCGAAGAAUGAAUGAUCAAUUUGAGAAAGCGUUUAGAAUUCAAUUUUGGUAGAAAUUUUCUUGCUACAGGUUCGGAAUACACUGGAUCCAUCACUGUCGGGAUACAACACGAAACCGGUCAGUCAGUGUCUCGAUGGAAGCCAGAACUUUGUUCUUCUCUUAAAUAUAUUCUUAAAGAACGUCAAAAACGUAGUGGGUAAAAAAGAUUAAUAUGUAUUUAGCAGCUUCGAACGAAUAGAGAAUGUUUCGAAAUUGUAAAAAAAGUUUAAUUAGAAUUGCAAAAUGCGUCAUCGGCUGUGGCUUGAUUCUUGUUAUCAUGAAAUCGUUUCAUUCGGACAAGAGCGAGGCAGUUCCUGAAUUCGAUGAUUUGGAGCGAUUGAUGAUUGAAGCAGAAAAUGAUAAUUCCAAUCGAAUAUUGGCGGUAAAAAAUACUUGCUCGAAGUACAAUUUAGGAAUCUAUAAGAAAAGUGGAGAACCUUCUAUUUUUAAACAUCCACCUACACCGCAGUACAGUGUUUUCUAUAUAGUCAGGCCUUAUGAUCUAUCGUACUGUCCGAUUUACAAAGCCGGUAGUACAACGUGGAUUUAUAAUUUGUGUCUUCUAAUGAACGCGUCCGAGGAGGAGCUGAACAGCGGAAAGGAGCAGCUAUCGACCAUUGCCCGAAGGUUAAUACCGGAACUAGAGUUCCCAGAAGCUGACCAGGCUUUAAAGGCAACGAAGAAACUACUGGUGGUAAGGCACCCAUUUGAAAGAUUGUUGAGCGCCUAUCGCGAUAAGCUGGAAAACUCUGUGGCUGGAAGGGAACACGGGACACUUCACUUUUAUCGGAAAUACGGCGGCAAGAUUGUUCGAAAGUAUCGCGAAGAGAAUUUCACGAGACCUGGAGAUGAUCAAGUGAUCAGACGGAAAGAUGUGCCUGAACCGGCAGGUACAGAACCCACCUUCAAAGAAUUUGUGAGAUAUUUAAUCGAUACCGAUUUGGCGAGCUACGGAGAUGAUCAUUGGAUGCCUUACUACUUUUUCUGCACACCUUGCCUUGUUAAUUAUGACAUAAUUGCAAAGGUAGAAACAUUGUGGAGGGACCAGAUUUAUACGAUCCAUAAAUUACGACUACAAGAAGUAAUUAAACCGAGAUGGCGACAUAGUGGCGGGCACUCGAAUGUGUCGAGAAUAUAUUUCCGUCAAUUAAACCGAGAUAUGGUAAAAAGAUUAUACGAAAAAUUCAAAUUAGACUUCGAAUUGUUUGAUUACUCGCCUGACGUUUAUUACCAAUAUACCACAUAGAACUUUCUCAAUAAACAAAUUGAUAAUUUUUUAUA